UCAAUCUGCACAUUCCUCGUAGAUCAUCCUCUCUCUCUCUCUCUCUCUCUCUCUCUCUCUCCCCCUCAUUUCUCGUCUAUCCUCUCUGAAACACAGUCACUAUCUACUUGGAGAUUCCUUGGGCCGAGUGGAAUCAAUAUGUCGGAGUACAAGGUGGAGUAUGAUUCGGAGCUGGAUUCCUUCCAGCUCUACCACCGCUACGAAGAACCCCAACCGAACCUCGACUGGAAGCGCGCCGCUCUCAGCGGGCCCGCACUUCCAGCGCUGGGCAAUGCCGUCGCAGGAGCAGUCGGCUCCGCGCUCUCGAACGUCGCGACGUAUCCGUUGAGUUUGAUCGUUGCGCGAUUGCAGACGCAGAAGGUGAGAAGGGGUACGGAGUCGGAGAAAUCAGUGUCGGCCGACGAAUACACCAGCGUCCUCGAUGCAGCACGCAAAAUCUACGCCGAGGAAGGAAUCGCCAGUUUCUACACGGGUCUAGCGCAGGAUACGAUUAAGUCCGUUGCGGAUUCGUUUCUCUUCUUCCUUGCAUACGAGUUCUUUCGUCAGCGGAGGAUACGCGCUCGGUUUGGGACUACGCGCCGCAGCAAACAUACGGUUUUACCGGUGCUGGAUGAGUUAGCGGUGGGUGUUUUGGCGGGGGCGUUUGCCAAGCUGUUUACGACGCCGUUGGCAAAUAUUGUGGCGAGGAAGCAGACGGCUAAGGAUGUUGGUGGUGGGAGUACGAGGGAGAUUGCGGCGCGGAUUAGGGCUGAGAAGGGGAUACGGGGGUUCUGGUCGGGGUAUUCGGCUUCGUUGAUACUCACGCUGAAUCCGUCGAUUACUUUCUUUCUGAAUGCUGUGUUAAAGUAUGCGUUGUUGCCGAGGAGUCAGCGACAGAAGAGACCGUCUGCUGUGGCGACGUUCUUCUUGGCGGCCGUUAGCAAGUCGAUUGCUUCGUCGGUGACGUAUCCAUUCUCGAUGGCGAAGACGCGGGCGCAGGUUGCGGGGAGUCGAAUUACGGUGGGAGCUGAUGGGGAACAGAAGAAGGAGGAUGAAGGGGUGUCGUUGAUGCCGGCGAUUGUUAGUAAUGUGGCUGCAAUUGCGCGCACUGAGGGUGUUGCUGCGCUUUAUGCUGGACUACCUGGGGAGGUGCUCAAGGGGUUCUUUUCACAUGGGUUUACGAUGCUCGCGAAGGAUGCGGUGUAUUCGACUAUUGUGAAGAGUUAUUAUCUGCUGCUCAUUGCGCUUCGGAGGUAUCCGACCCCGGAGGAACUACUUCAAAGGGCUCGCGAACAGGCGGAGGAAUUUGCUGAUGCUGCUCGUGAGGGUGCUCGUGAUUUGGCCGAGAGGACCCGGAGUGGCACGGAAGAAGCCCUGAGUCACCAGGCCGGGGGUGUGACGGUGGAUAUGACUUCCAGUGAUUUAGCGGAUUCGAACGAAACGGCGGAGAUGGUGGGAGAUUAUGUCGAGGAUGAUGGUAGUGCGAAGAGUCUGUAUCAUUGGUUUUGGGAGAAGGAGGGAUAUGGCAAGGACUGAGUGAAGUAGCAGAGUAGUCGUGUAUCUUGUUAUAUUAUUUAGCGAUAACUUAACUUAGUGUUGUAGAAUGUUAACUAGUAUGGGUAAUGAAUGAACUUGGUCUCUUCAGUGGAUCCGAGCCGCGAUCGACCCGCGGGACGCCCGAUCGAUUGAUUCGCUCUCCAACCACCGCCUGUUUACUCGCCCUGUCAAUUACCUUUUACUCCUACUUACUCUUCUCUUCAUCUCUUU